AUUCCCGGAAAGUCCCACCCCGAGUUUCGUUUCUGGAGUCGGGAGCCCCGGGGCCGAUCCCCGCAGGACCAGCGGCGAACAUGUCCUCGCUGGAGGAAGAGCUGACCUGCUCCAUCUGCCUCUGCCUGUUCAGCAGCCCCGUGACGGUCCCCUGCGGCCACAACUUCUGCUCCUCCUGCCUGGAGCUCUCCUGGACGGGGCUCUCGGAGAACUUCAGCUGCCCGCAGUGCCGGGCGCUCUUCGCGGCUCGCCCGCAGCUCCAGAAGAACACAGUGCUGUGCCGGGUGGUGGAGCAGCUGCAGGGCGGCCCGGGGGCUGCCGAGCGGCAGGAAGAGCAGCAGCAGCAGCAGGAGGAGGAGGAGGAGGACGACGACACGGUGUGGUGCGACAGCUGCCUGCGGGCUCCGGCCGUGCAGAGCUGCCUCACCUGCACCGCCUCCUUCUGCUCCGAACACCUCCGGCCGCACGGCGACAGCCCCGCGUUCCGCGGCCAUCAGCUGCGCCCGCCGCUGCGCCACCUGCACCGCCGGCUCUGCCCACAGCACCACAAGCUCCUCGAGUUCUUCUGCAAGCAGCACAACACCUGCAUCUGCUCCCUCUGCCUCCUCGGGCACAAACCCUGUCACACCAGCCCCCUGCAGGACGCCAAAGCCAACGCCGAGUCGGCACUGAAGAAGAAACUGCUGGAGCUGAAUAAUCAGGGCGAGAGAGCUGCUCGAGCGAUGAACACCGUGAAAACAAGCCAAAGCCAAACUGCUGAGACAGCUUCCAGAAAGAAAGAGUUGAUCAGAAGUGAGUUUUCAGAAAUUAAAGCUUUAAUUGAAGAAAAAGAAAAUCAGGCCUUAAAAGUAAUUGCAGAUGAAGAAAAAAGAGUUUUCAAUAGGUUUGAUUACAUCUACGGUGUUCUGGCAAGUAAGAAGAAUGAAAUACAGUCUCUCAGAGAUCAGAUUGAGAUGGCACUGACUGAAGCUGAUGAUGUUCUGUUUUUGAAGAGAGCAGCAGCACUGCAACAAACAUCAACAAAAGAUGCCUUUGUCCCUACAAAUGAAAUGGACCAAAACUUGAUACAUUCUGCUUAUCAGUCUGCCAUUAACCUUAAAGAGAUUCUGAAACUCUCAGUGACUGAGUUUAAGGAGAAAAGUGCAGAAGCAAAAGUACCACCUGUGAAGAUUAAGCCCCAUUUGGCACCUUCUCCAAGCAAACCCGUUGGGAAAAAGCCUCCGGAACCACAUCAUCCCCACAAAGAGAAAACCCUUCACCAGACUCAAGCCGCUUCACCGGCGCAGGCAAACCCCAAAGAGAAAAAGAAAGCCAUUAAAGCUGCACCAACCGUGGGACCACAAAUCGCUGCAGCUGCCGCUGCGACUAAAGAGCUUAUUGAGAGCUUUCUGAAGAAAUCCAGAGAGGAGCUUUUGCAGUAUGCUGCUAACAUCACGCUGGAUUACAACACUGCUCAUAACAAAGUGAUUCUGUCUGAGAGAUACACCAGGAUGUCUGUCUCGGACAUCCCCAUGAAUUAUAACCACCACCCUCAGCGCUUCACCGAUUGCUUCCAAGUGCUGGGCUUCCAGUAUUUCAAGAGAGGCAUCCACUACUGGGAAGUGGAACUGCAUCAGAACACCUUCUGCGGCGUUGGCAUCUGCUACGGCAGCAUGGCCCGGCAGGGGCCGGAGAGCCGCCUGGGCAGGAAUAGCAGUUCUUGGUGUAUCGAGUGGUUUAAUUCCAAAAUAUCCUCCUGGCACAAUGAUGUUGAAAAGUGCUUACCCAAUGUGAAGACUAGCAAGGUUGGUGUGCUGCUCCAUUGUGAGGGAGGCUUUGUGAUUUUCAUGGCUGUUGGGGAGAAGCAUAACUUGAUCUAUAAGUUCAAAACCAACUUUACUGAAGCCUUGUACCCUGCCUUCUGGUUAUUUUCUAGUGGCACUGUUCUCUCUCUCUGCCAACUGAACUAGUAAGGCCUCGUAUCUUAAUUUACUUUACCUAGGUACUUAUAUUCACACAAUUAGUCCAGCAACAACUCUUUGUGUUAGCGUAAGAAAUCUCAAAGAUUGUUUGAGACAAAAAUCAUUAGCUCUUUCAAACAGUUCAGGAAAUCUGAUUUCUUUGGUUUGAAUUGCUAAAGGCUUUGGUCAGUGAUUUAGUAAAGCGAUGAUAAUAGUAAAAACUACUCUGAAAGGUUUUUGAAAGACCUUGAGUGUCCUUCUAGUAGCAAAGUUAUGAUACAAACCAGUGUUAAAUGCCUUCAGGAGCUGCUGUGGCUUCUGCGGUUUGCUGUAAAGGAUCCUCACAAUUAAUUUUUAGUUCUAAAUGUGUUUCACAGGGAGCAAUAAGCCCUUUGAGAAGGAAACAGAAAGAAUUCCUUGAAAAAUGCAGGUUCCAGGCUUUGAGGUAUGUCUCAGUGUUGCCUGAUGCCUGUAGUUAGGAUUUGCAAUACGUGUUCUCAGUGUAUGACUCCUUGAGAUGGUACAGAAUGAACUGCUAAAAUCAGUAAGUUCAGACACACGACGCUGUUAUAAAAGCCAGUAUGCCAAAUCUCAUCAGAAUGGAAAUGCAGAGGCUGCUGGAGUGGGUAGAUAAGAAACGGUGUCAGAAUCAUCAGGAAAUACCUGACCUUGACUCAGCAACUGGGAAUACGCCAGAGCCUCCAGGAAGACAUCCUGCAGAGCAGUAGUGUGCACCCUCUAAUGGUUUGUGGGAUGAAGCAUUCUGUCUCAUGUUCUGACCCAGAAUACGCUUUCCAUCUUCACACUGAAGGCUCUUCAAUGGUAUUUUCUUUGUGUGCUGAGGAGUUGUCCCAUCCCUAGAGGUGUUCAAGGCCAGGCUGGAUGAAGCUAUGAGCAACCUGAUCCAGUGGGAGAUGUCCCUGCCCGUGGCAGGCAGGUUGGAGCUGGUAUGAUCUUUAAGGUCCCUUCCAACUCAAACCAUUCUAUGAGUUCAGGGAGUGCGUUUUUGACAGCAUAGGGAGCAUAAAUGUGCUGUUCACUUAAAGCGGGGUCUGCUGUCAUAAAGCUUUUCCUCUUUGUGUGGUGGGAUAUUCUCUCCUCGUGUGUCUUUGGCUGUUCAGGUGGUAAAAACUGGAUUUCCUCCCUGUUAUGUGGACUCUAAUUUGAAGAGUCUCAAGACUGUGCACGGGAUGUAGAAAAUGCUGCUUCCUCUCUGUUGGAAGCUUCCUCACAGACAGGUGAGUCUUCUGAAGCAUACAGGGAAUGGAACAAAGGAGAAUACAUGUCAACUCCCACUGGGAUGGAUAUAUAAUUCUCCAGGUGUUCUUUGCUUUUGGGUUGUGGUAUGUCUUUGGAAGUCCUCACCGUGUACAGAGGAAUCUGUACCUCUGCAUUUCUUAAAACUUUAAAAGGAUCAGUAGGCUAUCAAGGUAUUUGGAUCUCACACUUGUUGGGACUGUAUCUUGAUGCCGCUGGACUUGCAUGCUCGCUCUUAUUUCUCGCAGUAGCCCAUGAAGAGCAGGGAAGCUCAGGAGAGACUCCUCGGACUUUGAUUUGGCAAACUCUUACAGGAUUUGGUGAAAUGGAACACAAAGCCACUGCUGCCAGUUUGGAAGGGAAAUGUUAGAAGGCUCUGAAGAACCUCUGACUGCAUUUCACAUUAGUCAAAGUGCUUUAGAGAGAGACUCGUGGGAAUUCAGGCUUAGUGUCUCUUAUUUUUACCGGGUUUGUUAACUCUUAGUACUAGGGACAAGAUUUAGUGGCAGACUUGGCAGUGUCAGGUUCAUGGUUGGAGUCGAUGAUCUUAAAGUGUCUUUUCCAACCUAAGAAUUCUGUGAUUCUGUACAUCUGAGAAGAGGCUUCCAUUUCUUUGGCCAGAAUAGGAUAUGGAAUGGAUGGUGGACCUAAAAGUGCUACAGCUGUCUUUGGAGCAGUUGUACUAUCUGGAGAGUCUUGGCUUUCCAAAGCACGGUCAGCACUGAAAGAACCAAACUAAGCAGGACACUUCAAAAGGAAGAGAAGGAGGAUGUGUCCUGCUAGGAGCCAACAAUGAAUGCAAAACUUUCUUUCUGCACUCUCAGUUUUUCAGCAGUGAGGGACAAGAACGGUUUCCUUGGAGAAACGCUGUUCCUUCAGCUGCCUGGCUGCGCCCCAGGGCUUCCCCUCAGCGGGGAGAGGAGGAGCGCUCCAUCCCUUGGCAGAGGGGGAGAAAGUGCUCUGGUGGUUUGUGCAGUGGAGAAAGUCCACAAUUUCUGUUGCUUGCUCUUUGCCUUUAAAGGGGUGUCAGUAUUAACUUCCUAGUCUAUGGGCUGCUGUAGCCAUAGUCCGGAGUGACACUCGAGCAAAGGAAAGAGCUUUUAUUCUACCACGAUGGACAAGGUGGGAUUCUUUAAAUGGUACUUUGGUGUAUGACCAAUGAUCUGUAACACAUAAGGUGUUCAGGAUUAGCUCAGGCAGUGAAACAAGCCUGUUGCUGUUUUCUUGAUCUCUUGUUUGUUUGUUUUUCUUUGUGCUAUGAAUGGCGAGAAAUGAGGAAAUGAGGUUCUGUUAAUUGGGAGUGAAAUGAGAAAUGCGUAACAGUUUUCAGAAGCGCAGCAAUUCAGUUAUUUUAGCUUCAGAUUUUUUAGCUAGAUCAAAGCAUUAGGGUCAUAUAACAUUAGAAAAAAAAUAUUAGUUACAGCAUGAUAAAUAAUAAUGGGUCAAAAGCUCUUCAAUACAACUGACAUGGUUUUACUUGGCCAGUAACUAUCAAAGCUUUACUGGUUUUAAACAAAAAUCUAGAUAUAAGCAUGUAUUUUGAUUAUACUUCUCUUUUCAAUGCUAUAGAUAACUGAACUUAUCCAGUCUAGAAAAGAUCUAAUUCUAGUCUUAAUAAGGCCAUGAGGAUGUGGAAUGAUUUGCAUAUUAAUAUACACUUGAGUAAAUGGAGAAUCACUUACCCACUGAAAAUACACUAAUCCGAUUUUCAUUGAAUGCAAGAUUAAAUUUACAUAUCAGUAAAAUACUGCAGUUAGAAAAAGAAAUGCUUAUGUAAUGGUAAACCUGUACUGAUUUAUCAGCCGUGCAUUUCAGUAUCUACGCUAUUUGUUAUUCCAUACAGAUGUGUCAGCUGGACAUCCUUGUCAGGGCAACAGACAGAGAUUUUAUGCCAUCUAUUCUAUGACUGUGCCUGAUCUCUUCAGCUGUCAAAUGAAUGAAUUGUGGUGUAUGAAUUCAAUAAAAAAUCAUGAUAAACCCUAACUCCGAAUCUCUACUU